GUUUGCCGAUUGCAUCAGCUGACAGUCCAACCAAAGAACGAAAGACAAAAGAAAAGCAACCUUAACUUAUUUAGAAAACCAAGUGGCGCCUCAUAUUCAAGGGUUGGACCAACCUCUUCAGAGUCCAUCAUGUCCGCUAGCAUCUCAACCGUCGAUCCCAAAUACGCCCAUUUACCCGGCAUCGCCAUCGAUCAGCCCGAUGUGUAUGAAUGUUCGGGUUCGGGUUUGCCUGAGGCGGAUCAGGAUUGGGCCAAUGCCCAAGGGGAUGCCUCGGAUUCCGUUGAACUGCUCCAUAUGAGCACCAAAGAGGCCUUUGGUCAAUUUCAAGGCAAAUUCUUGGACGGCAAGAACGUGGAUUUCUCGGAUAGGCUCAAGAAUAAGAAGUUCAAGCAAGGGUAUUUGGCUUGGAGCGGUGAUAUCGAGGUGUACAAUGGCGCCCAUGACGAGACCCCGAUCCAAAAGUACCAAAGAUUGAAUUGUGAAGUCCGUGAACUGAUCGAGGAAUUGGAAUCCGCCAAAGAGGACGAGAAGGAGAAGAAGGAUCAAGCCCAUUUAGCCGAUUUGGUGGGACGGGUGACCGGAUUGAGUCAGGAGUUGACUUCGCUCAACUUGGAGGAAAGGCUCGGAUCCGACAUGUUGGCCAAUUUGAAAGAUCCCGAGGGAACGGCCUCGGCCAAGUUGUUGACUCAACUCCAGGCUUUGCAAAGUGGUCCGGCCUCGCAAGCUUCGAAAACGGAGGGAGAGACCGCGUUGAACGGGAACGAGUCUGUGAUGUAUGAGCUGCUCAUGAAGCCGGACACGGCCAAAUUGGAGCAUUUGAAGCGGAUUUCCCAAUUAGAUCGCCGCUUAGAGGACCUGGAAAAAGCCGUUGGCGCCAAUCCUGAUAGAAUGAGCACUUUGUCGGUGGAAACCAACCAAAAGAGCAUAUUGGGGGCCAUUCAGGUGUUGUCCAGUAGAACGGCGCUUUUGGAUCCGGGUCAUUUGGAUCACGUGGAAGGUCGAUUGGCAGCCUUGCAGCACAAGAUGAAUGCAAUAGCCGAAAGAAAAGCCAUCUUGGCCGAUCAAGAGAAACUGUCCAAGAUUGACGAGCUUUACGAUCUGGUUCAUCGAUCCGUUGGGCAGAAACAGAUGCUGGAGGAAGUGGUGGGACGAUUAGAGUCAUUGCAGGAACUUCAUUCCAGAGCUCAAAACUUCGACAAAGCACUUUCGGAAUUGGAGGAGGUUCAAAGUAAGAUCGAGGUGGGCCUUUCCAAUAACCAAGUCCUGUUAAAGGCCAGCCAGAAAACGUUCGCGGACAAUUUGACCAACAUUCAAGAGAAUUUCAAGGUCUUGGAUGCCAAGUUGGACAAGCUGAAGAAGAAGUGAAGAUACCCAUCUCGUCCAGUCUGACAUGCGCUAUUCCGUGAUACGAAAGGGCUUCAUUGUGUUUGUAUUAUGUUUUCAUUUAAGUAUUUCUAAAUAAUAUUUCUAAACCAUUAA